UGGGAGACCUGGCCUGAUCGAUAUCCUCUUCCUUUCCUUGGACUUUCUACACGGAGACACACGCGCGUACCCCUGGAGCUCACGGUUUGACAUUGCAGGAAGUCGUCAAAGUCACACUUGGUCAAAAAUUGGUCAAUAAAGCCGGUUCCAAAAUACGUUGACACAAGAUGGAUAGCUCCCAGGUGACUCGGUCACCCAAAAGCUCAUGUGACGCUGGUACACCGAUCCAAUCGCCUGCAAAGCCUAGCAUGACAAGCCUCCAACGCUCCCCAAGCAAGACACCAAUUUCGGCAGAAAUGCGGGCACGGAUAGAGGAGAAUCGAAGACGAGCCCAAGAGAUCAAAGCAAAAAAACAACAAAUGGCACGCAUUCAGGAGCGGGCGGACCAGGAGGCUGAUAGACGCGCCGCUGGAGAAAAAUAUCUCAGGGAGUUUGGGCUCGGAUCUUCUUCAACAAAACAAAAGCUGGAUUUUUCAUCGACCAAUUCGAACUUGCAUCGUCAUCCCGAGAAGUCCAAUAAUUCAUUCGAACUUGAUUGCAACUUUCUACCAAAUCACAAACCGCCGCCUCAACCAUAUUCUCCAGACCCGAGGUGCUCAGCAGAACAACUGAAAGUAUUGGAUCUAGUUAAACUUGGGCACAAUGUAUUUUUUACUGGAUCAGCUGGAGUAGGGAAAAGUUUCAUGCUGCAUGAAGUGGUGCGGAUGCUCAAGUCAGAGAAACUUCGUGUCAGUGUCACUGCACCAACGGGAAUCGCCGCUCUAGCCAUCGGCGGCUGUACGAUCCAUUCUUGGGCGCGGGUUGGACUUGGUCAUGGCUCAGCCCAUGCACUGUAUAACAAGCUCAUCGCACAGAAGUACAAAAGUGCCAAAUUCGAACGUGACACCGACACCAAUCGUAUCUGGAACACAGAUGUGCUCAUAGUCGAUGAAAUCUCAAUGCUACACCCGGACCUGUUUGAGAAAAUCUCGAUUCUGUGUCAGGCCAUCCGAAAGAUAAAGAAACCGUUUGGAGGAAUUCAAAUCAUCCUUUCCGGGGACUUCUUCCAAUUACCACCAGUAGCAAAGGAUGACGAUUUUACUUGCAUGUAUUGUGGCUGUCCAAAAUUCGAAAGAGUCGGCUCCACUGGCGAGAUACGAUGCGUCAAGCCUCUUCAUAAGAAAUGGGAUGAUAAGCCUUGUGGUCGCGUCCGAAAAGAGUCUACCUUUUGCUUCGAAACACCGACAUGGCGGCAGUUAAACCUCCAAGUGAUUGAGCUUACUCAGGUUUUCCGACAAGAGGAUAAACACUUCAUUGACAUGUUAAAUAAGAUCCGAUGGGGCACAGUAGAUGAUGAGAUUGAGGAAAUUGCAGUGUCCCGUAGCCAGCCUCUUGAGGCACAUGAGAUCAAGCCCACUCGUCUUUAUGCCAGAAACAUGAACGUGCACGCAGAGAACGCAAAGCAGUUUGGCUUACUGGAUAGCAAGCCCUACGAAUUUUCAGCCUCAGAUCAGACCAUGGGUAACGCUCCUUACGCUCAUACAUUUCUGUCCCGGUUGGAAGAUUUGCAAGCUCGCAAAAAGUUGACAUUGAAAAUCGGGGCCCAGGUGAUGCUUUUGUGUAAUCUAGAUAUUAAAGCCAAAUUGGUGAAUGGAUCACGGGGUGUAGUAAUCGAUUGGGUAGAAAGACCGAGUCACCAAUUUUCAUCUGUCUUGUCACAACAACGAGAUCCAGAUGACAUGAAGAAAAUGUAUUGGUCCUCUAAACAAGCCAACAGCUGUCUACCCAAGGUUUUGUUUUCCGAUGGCCGUGUAAUGCUAAUUGAACCGUUCGUAUGGAACAUUGAAAUAGAUGCUUCCCUGACCCUAUGUCGUACUCAGUUGCCAUUAUCAUUGGCUUGGGCAAUUACAAUCCACAAGUCUCAAGGGCAAACUCUCGAUAGAUUGUGUGUCGAUUUAUUUGGAAUUUUCGAGCAUGGCCAAGCCUAUGUUGCCCUUUCCAGAGCAAGAAGUCUACAGGGGCUCCAAAUCACUGGGUGGAAAUCAUCUCGAGUUCAAUGCCAUCCAAGUGUGAAGGAUUUCUACAAGUCCUUGCAUGAAGAAAAACGCUCCAGUCAGGAUGAAGAUUUCUUGGAUCCAGAGGAUUUCUUCCCUUUCUCAGAUUGUAUCGAGUUUAUGUAUGAGCCCAGUCCCUCACCCGAACCAUCCUCCAGCGAAAGCGUACCCCUUCACCAAGGCAUCCCCGCCAUCGAAUAUUUACCCUCCGAUGAACGUAAAGUCUUUCAGGAAGGCGUGACCUCCAAAGAGAGCGCGGAUGCAGAGCUGAUUUCCAGUGGCCAGUUUAAAUCACUCUGUUUGAAGAAAGCCAAUUUGACAGGUGAUUUUGGCGGCAAAACAUUGAUUGGAUCGGAUUUGAAGCCUCAGUCCGACAGCAGAUUCCACAUCGAUCCUUUGUUGGGCGGGUCAUCUCCGUCAGUAUCGGACGAUUUACUAGAUGAUGAUCAACUCAUAUCUGUAGCAGAAGAGGUUGAAAGGUCCCAGGGUGAUCAACAGCAGCGCCUCAGUCAAUUAACACAUGUCGAUCAAGUAGAGCAAACUGAAGUCAAAGUUGAUACGUCCACCUUGCGCCGGCCAGCAAAAGACCCAUCGUUUCCUGAAACAGCAGAAAUCGACCAAGAUCUACGUUCUCCAACCCCGGUGUACGAAAAUAGACCCCUAGCAGAAAUAGGAACCGAUGACCAUCAACCGGAGAUCAAAUCUGAACCACUGGCCAGGCGCCGCGAUCGACCUGUGCCCAUAACGCAAGAAAUCGACGAUAAUCAACAUGUACAAGCCCCACCAUUCACCACAGGCGCAGAUACUUCAAUCCCUGAAAUGCGAGUAAUUGACAACCAGCCCGUCUCACCAAUCCACAAAGACCCAUCAUUCUCUCUAAUCAAAGCAAUCGAAAACACCCGGCGUGUAGAAACCCUACUAUCCACUGAAGGCCAACAUCAACCAAGCUCUGAAGUACCCACCCUCGAUCAAAAUCAGCUCCGCAAACCCCUCCCAAACAAAAAACGCAAAGAGAAACGAAAGUUGAGUGAGUACGACAGAGAUGAAAGGAUUGGAUCUGGACCUGUUAAAAAGUCUAGCAAACGAGCAAAUACCAUUCAGACCAAACCACUUGCCUUAAAGGAUAAGGCCAACGAUUUUGGGAACUGCAGUCAUACUCACUUGAUUACUGGGCCGUCCGAUCCGGCACAAGCGGAUCCCGUUAAUUUAUAUAUUGAAAGGACUUAUCACACGCGUUCUAUGAACGACCCCACCCACCGAUCAGGGUACACCGAUUCUGGCUCCACUGCCAUGUUUAUCAAUCAUCCAAACCGUAGCAGUGUGGCCGUGGAUGUGAAGCCAAAUAUUAAUCAAGCUGAACCCGUCGUCCACCAAAGCGAUAGACAAAAAAAACCUUUCGACGAAUCCGAAUUUUCCAAGAUGAUCUUGAAUGACUUUUCCAGACGAAUCCGUGAUUCGAUCAUGAUGUUAAACAAAUCACUCCUCGAGUUACCAUCCGGUCCGUACGCCCGCGAAUUCGAUUCCGAAAGUGUUGAGGAACAUGUUCGGAUGUUGGUUGGCGAGCAUUUCUGCAAUCCGCAUCUGGUGAACCUGCCUGCCGUAACAGAUACUGAAACCCGCUCGAGAGAAACUGGGCAAAACUCAAAUCUGGAAGGCCGAAUGAUUGAAAAUAUUGGACCGCUUGGUCAAGAAAAUGAUAACAGAACAUUGGAUGCACAAGCAACUCCCAAUCCUCCGAUCAGAAUUGGUCAGUUAGUGAGAGGACUCUCUCCAGAUUUUCAUUGUAAUAAUUUUCACGCUCCGUUUUGAGAUUGUUGGAUUUUUGAACGACACAUGCAUCGACUUUUUAAGCGCUUGUCAGCUUGUAAAUGUAGUCGCUUGGUGCUCUUUUCGCACCCCUUGUAUGAUUUUACCCUGCUUUUUUUUCCAGCUUCUCCCCCGUCUCAUUGUUUGAUCAACAGCAUUUUUUUCUAUCAACAAACUCUUGCAAAUCUCCCUGACUGAUCUAUGCCAAAUUUCUCUAAUUGUACGAUAAAUCCUACUGUUGCUAUUAUUUCGUUGAUUUCAAGAGACAUACUCUGAAUGAUCGUCCACUCUGAAUAUAUCACCAUAUCUUGGUUAUAGGUGGUGCUAAGAGUUACAAAUUCAAAGAGAAGGUAAGCCAGGCAUAUGAAGUGAAUAGUGUC